AUGAAGGCAAAUCCAAAUGAUCCUCCAACAACAACUAUUGAGCCUAUAACAUCUACUACAAUAACAAUAUCUUCAACAACAAGUAUUUCCACAACAACAUCUCCAAUAACAAGUACUUCUACAACUACUACUACGACAUCUCCAACAACAAGCACUACCACAACAACUACUACGACAUCUCCAACAACGAGUACUACCACAACAACUACUACAACAUCUCCAACAACGACUACUACUACAACAACUACUACAACAUCUCCAACAACGACUACUACUACAACUACCACAACUACAACACCACCAUUAUGCCCUACUCAGACUAAUAAAGUUCAAUUAUAUUUAGAUUUAACAAAUUCUGAUACAUUCUCUUAUAAUACUUUUGGUAAAAUAGAUGGAACAGAUUGUGCCUCAUGUCCAAAAUAUCAAUAUUUCCCUUCUGAAAGUGGUGAUAUUAUAACAUUUGGAGAGGAAUUAGCAAUAGGAUAUUUUGCCUGUUCAAAUCAAUUUAUAUGUAUGUGUGAUGAAUCAAAUAAAUGUUAUACUUCAACAUCACCUGAAACUUAUGUUGUAAUGACAUCAUCAUGUACUGGAGGUACAUGUUCUGUGUAUGGUAUUGUUGGAACAUCAAAAGUUCCUGUAGCAGGUGAAGGUUUCAAAGAUACUGGUAAUACAAUUAUAUAUCCAGCAGAUGAAGAUUUUAGUUUAAAUUUAACAUCAGAAAGUAUGGCAUCAGGAUUAUAUCCUAAAAUUAAAGCUAUAAAAUGUGGUGCAUGUAGUACCACUAUAUCACCAUGUCUUUCAGGAUUAACAAUUCCUUAA